GCAUGUUCAUCUUCAAUGACUUCUCGAAUACAUCUUAGGGAUCUUUUAUACUUUUUCGGCAAACUUGAAUAUAUUGAAAAGUUGAAUUGUUUUCCACGAAUUUACUUUGUCGUCUGUUACACGUAAGAAAAAGAUACGAUUCGUUGGAAGCCAGAGAAAACGAGGAAGCAACCCAAGCAAAGCUGCAACUUUCGAGUUUAAAAGAUCAAUUAUCGCUACCGAGUUGUCUGUGUGAUAUAGAUACAGGUGUAAGUAUAUUUAUACUUGGAAUUAAAAGGGCCUAAAUGUCGUUGAAGCCAGUGUUUUUCAAAUUUUCAGAACUAAAAAGAGAAGAGGAAGGAAAACUUGUUAGGAAACUCUUUUCCAAGGGGAAUCGUUUCCAACUGUAAUUCCCCUUUUAACCGUUUUCUUCGAUCGAGUCUCUAAAGCAGUCUUCAGCAAAGAGAUACACAGCAAUUAGGUUUCGAGUGUCUAUCGGAGUUGUCGGAACUAUCCUGCCUUGUGGCGUCUGCUUGGUUGCUCGUAGCAGAGGACACUAGGGGCAAUCUGUUGAACGGUGCACCGCGUACAGCGCUUCUCAAGGGCAAACACUUGCAAUCCGAGGGAAAGGAACGUCGUUGUUUUACCGAUUGCACAGGGGACACUAGGGUGACCUUGCCCCUCCAACAACGUACUUGGAGGCCGUUGAAAUCGGCGAGGUCAUCGACACGAUACGCAAUCGCUCACGUUUUCUAUCUCCAACAGUUUCGAUGACACAGCUCGAGCCAGCUACCUAUAUAACAUUGCCAUUCUACUCGGAGUUCCUCUGCUCGCCGCACCUCGCUGACAUACGUUUGCAGUUGUCUCUUGAGAUCGUACGACUCGGCGCGAGCUGCAUCCAAUUCGCGCUGCAUGGUUCUCACUUGGCAGGUAGCCGAUUGUAAUUGUCGUUCGAGAUUCUCAAUUUCCAGUUGCAUCGACCUCAGCUGUCUUCCCUGCUCGGCGCUCUGGUCGACGCAUAUUCUGUCGCAAAAGAAAAAGUUGCAAGUCGAAGUAAAGGUUGCGUCAACAGAAACGGAUAGAUAUUUUCAAAGGCCACGCAGAAGUGGAGGGAUUUUAACGAGUCCGGUCGAGUUUCUGCGUAUCGUACAUCGUAGUAUUAAUAUUUCAUCCGUGUCUAGUCGGUUAUGCGAAUCGCGCACUCAUCCCUCAUGGCGCAAGCAUAGUUCUGGAAAGAGGACAAGGGCAACGCGAACGACGCCGACGUCGAAUUAGGCGCCUAUCGGGCCCAAGUUGCUUAAUCCUUUCUUCAAACUAUACGAGUAUACGUAUGUAUACUAUAUGUAUGUACGUGGAUCAGCUUACCCAUCAGUUUUUCUUUCGCUUGUGGAUCACGUAGCGACGAAAACGACUUUAUUAGAGGCUAAAUGCUGAAUACGUAAGGACAGGAGAGACAAGGUACGUACAAUAGAAAGCCGAUGAAAAAAUCUUUAAGCAUGGCGUUGCGCGCCUCGCGUUACUAAACGCGACGGCUCGGCGCUCGCCCCUCGGCUCGUUCGGUGGAGAUGUUGGAUUUCUGUAAGAAACGCGAUUCGAAAAAUCGCUUUUUUUAUUAUGAAAUAACUGUCACGUGUAAAUUAUGCAACGACAAAUAGAAAUUUCCAAUGACGUUCAAAGGGAUACUGUGCUGUGUUUGGCCGUAGGUUAAUCGAUUAUCGAUUAUUCUGUCUGGAUUACGCGUCGAUGCAUCAUUACGUAAGCGAGGUAACGCGCGAGCGCAUAGUUGCCACGAUUCGAGAAAGAAAAAGUUUCAACAGUCCGUACAUCGAACAGACGACUUUCUCUCAUCUCGACGUCCUUCCUCGGCGUUGCAGCUUCCUUCUAUGUUCCGUAGCCAUUCGAGAUGUGAAUUUUGCAAGCGAUAACAUCGGUAACACAGCACUCUAACAAGCAGGAUGUUAACAAUCGAUCGUUCUUGUACGAUAAUGACCGAAAUUGUGUCACGGACCUCGCGAAGGAAACGCGUUGAGAAGAACGCUUCUUUUAAUUCUAAUUAAUACGCCAAAUUACGCAACUAAUGAAUUUUAAUUAGCGAUACCGUUACGUAGCGUAAUCAUGAACAAUUGUUAUUUAAAUGGACGACAGACGGAAGUAAAUUGGAAAUAAAUUCAUCGCGAUUUUCUGUACGCAGAUAGAAGAAGCACCAGCACGAAACUACCGCAAACAUCGAUCGCUAUUUGCGUUCACAGAAUGAAAAUUAGCUACUCGACGCUACAGCGAGAGGAAAAAUGCCAUGGAUAGCAGAGCGUGUUUGGGGGUUCGGUAGAACGGUCUGUUAUUGUUAGCGUUUAACGCGACAGAGUUGGCGUCGGCGUCGGCGUCGGCGUCGCAGGAUAAUCGUAAAGAGGCACCCUCGGACCGAAAAGUAGCCAGUAUCGAGAUUCGAGGUAGCAGCGACUAGCGAGUCCAGCUUUCAGAUAGAUCACGUAAUCUCUAGGAGCCUCGACAAAGAGAGAGAGAGAGAAAGAGUACAACGGUUCUUCUUCUGCAUCCUGUUGCGAGCGCCUCUCGCGUGUUGACGUUCCCUGCAUUUCGAGGAACCGUACAAUGCCCUUUACCGGUAACGGUAAAGGUGAACGGCAUCUCUAAGGGCGUUCGUUUUGACAUUGGGAACCGUAGAUAGAAUUCUGGUCGGGAUGAUUGGUAUACGCUACCAACAGUGUGUACACCGGCAGGCGCUAGUGUGCGCUUAGGGCGAUGCACUCCUUCGGGCACAUGUUCUUUAUUCGGUAAGAGUAUCGAUUCUUUGUCUCGCAAUCAGAGGUGGGUAACAUUUUAUCGGAACAAAUAUAAUCGGUAUUAUACGUUUGUAAAGGUAAUUUAUAGUAUCAUCCUUGGUUACUUUAAAAAGUAUUUAGUUGGUAUGUCAAGUGCCGACAAGUUAUUUCGAAUAGCGUCGGCUGUUUACUUGUUUGCGUCGCUCUAAAUGUUAAAGGUGUCGAAUGAGCCCACGUUACAGGCGUACGCGAAAAGACUCCGAUGUCGAGAACGAUCAUGUUUUUCCCGUUAACAGAUCCACCCGGAGGCUGGUUCUUCCGAAUUAUGCAACGUAUGCGUAACGAAAGCUUACUCCGACGCCGACGAUGAUGUUUCUUUUCACGAACGUAGCGCGACCUUUCGUAGGUCGAACGACGAUGAAAGUCUCGCGCGAUUGCGCGAAUUCUUUCGCAACUGGACAUUUUCAAGGGAAUCGACGAUCCACUUGGAAGGGCUUCGAUGGCUUCGACCCGAGGAUACCGGUCAGAGUGAUCCGUAAGACUGCGACACUGGAUUCCGAUUCUAUUGGGAAACAUUCGGGCAUGACUUUAUUCCCCGUUUACCAUCGAACGUUACCAGAGCCCACGCACGAAUUAUCGGCGCUGCUCGAAACUACCGAAAAAAGAAAAAGAAAAAGAAAAAGAAAAAGAGAGAAAAAACAACAGCGGUAGCUGAGCCAAGAGAUUCGAUUCUUGUCUCGGGGAAGUUAGGUAACCCGUAACAGCCGCGAAGCCGUAGAGGUGAUUCCAAGUUGGUGUUUCAGUCUCGCCGUGGUGACCGAGCCGACACCAUCGUUUUCGUUCGGUGUGCACACCCCGUCUCGAUACGCAGGAUGUCAAACGAUCGCAAUAAAAGGACACGGUGAACACUACCUACAGCCAAUCUGUGAUGUGAUAACUUGUGACUGGGUCGCUUUAAACAUUCUCAUCAUGAAAACCUCGUUUGAGCACCGGGGUCCAAGGUAUUCGCUGAUCGUUAUUUGCUUCGCACUGAUGGUCAACGUCAGAUCUGCAAUCAUGCGUCCACCUUGGGCGGACCCCUCGAGUAAUCCUUGUGCCGCCCAACCACGUGGCUGGCAAUUGUUAUUUUGGCCGCCGGAUGGAAAGUGUUACAAAAUAUUCCAGAUCGGACCACCGUGUCCAGAGACAAUGGAACUAGGACCAGCAGCAGGCGGAGGUGGAACAAUAGCGGAAUGUAGAUGUCCACCUGGAACUGCGCAGUCCCCUAGAGACGCUCUUUGUCAUUCGAUAUACACCAGAGCAUCCUGUCCGAAAGGUCAAUUGUUCGCACCGGUACCGGAGACUUCUGGCAAGUCUAGGUGGGGCGUUUGCCGUGAUCCAGAACCAUGCCCUGCGAAAGGACAAGUCUAUUGGCCCAAGGAUGAGAAAUGCUACCCUUUAUUCAGCAGAGGACCGUGUCCAAAAGGUGAACUCGUUACUACGGACGAACAUGGAUUGACGAUAUGUUCUUGUUCGAUGACGGGUGAACUUGGAAAGUAUCAUUGGCCAGGAACGGUGGGAGGUUGCCACGAACACUACACCAAAGGCCCGUGUACAGAACCUGGACACUUAUUUUUACCGGGUGGUGAAUGCGGUUGCCAUUCCGAACUACCUCAUUACCAUGAACCAACUGGAAUGUGCUACCAGUUAGGUGGCAUCGGUCCAUGCUUGAAAGGACAUCAAUUUGUGGUAACGGAUACGAUAGCCAAUGAAGCUAUAAUUCGAGCUAAAUGUGUCUGUAAACCGGAUCAUGUUCUCUAUGAUAAUGGACUCUGCUAUAGGCUUUAUACGAGGGGACCUUGCGAAUAUGGUCGCAUGUUAAUAAAUUCCACGACUUGUGUUCCUACGCCCUGCAAACGUGGCCGAUUGUACUUUCCUCGAGAGAAAACGUGUUAUAAGAUAGGAAGUAAAGGGCCAUGCCCGAGUGGACAAAUCGUCUUGUACGAUUACAAUGUGAGGCCAUCUAUCGAUGGAAUUAGCUACAACGGAGUGUGCGGAUGCACCAAGGCGCUCAAGGACUCUGGAAAGUGCACCGAGGACAGCAACGAUAGUUGCGAGUCUAUCCCAGGGAUGGUUCUGAUAAAUAAAACUUGCUACAAAUUAUAUACGCAAGGUCCGUGUACAGCAGGAGAGUGGCUGCUUCCAAAAAGAAUGCCAAAACCGACCUUAUGGGAAAACGAAUCGGAAUCAAGAGCUAGCUGCGAAUGCAGACCUGGAUACAAAAGAAUCACGGAAACUUCCCAAGUCUCGGAAGUAGAAAGUAACGAUCUCCUUUCUUCGGGUGGCUGUGAGCCACCUACAGUGAGUUUAGCAAAGUUUCUCAACGAAAAUGUUAAAUUGAUCAACUUUUGAGUCAGACAAAUCAGACUAUGCGCGCUCGUUAGCGCUAGUGAUGAAGCAAAUUAUGCAUAUUUUUAAAUAAUACCUGUAAAUAGUACUGUACAAAUCUUAUGCGUUAAGCUACUUUUCAUUUUUACGUCUCCGUUUCGUAACCAUUCCUAUUUAUUUAAUCUCUUAAAACUAUCAAAAUUCGCGUCAUUUCAAUCCAUUUUUAUUUUCUGUAUUCAAACACUUCGAGACCUAUCGCGUAAACUUACUUUUAAUUACUUACCUUUUCAUUAUACAUAGUACCCUCGAAACAAUGAUCGAUUUGUAAAUAUAUGUAAUUUAUAGCAAUACCUACUUUCCAAAUAUGAUUCAUUUUUAAGAAUAAGAAAUAUCAUACCUUGUAAACAGAAAAAUA